AUGUCGGACGAGAGCGAACAACAGCUGACGUUUACCGUCAAGUCGUCCAAUGACGCCAAAUAUGCCAUCACCAUCACAGCCAACUCCACUGUCCAGCAACUCAAGGAGAAGUUGUCAACAUCAGAUUUCGCAGACAUUCCGACCGAGCGCCAACGUCUAAUCUACUCGGGUCGCGUGCUCAAGGACCACGAGACGCUAUCGAGCUACAAGAUCAAGGACGGCCACACUAUCCACCUCGUCAAAGGCGCUGAGAGCAACAACCGUCAGAACCCUGCCAAUCAAGGAGGCUCAACUCCUGUCGCUGGAGCCGGCACUGCCUCUAACGUCCCUUCCAACAUCGCCGCCGGUACUGGCGCACACAACCCCCUGGCUCAAUUGACCGGCGCACGCUAUGCUGGCUUCCACCAAUUGCCCGGAGCUGACAUGUUCGGCGCUGACGGAGGUAUGGGCGCUCCCCCAGAUCCAGACCAACUUCUCCGCCUCCUCGAGAACCCAAACUUUGCCCAGCAGAUGAACGAAGCCAUGAACAACCCUGACGUAAUCAACAUGAUGCGCAACAACCCCAUGCUUCGCAACAACCCCAUGGCUCAGCAAAUGUUCGACAACCCAGAGAUGCGCCGCAUGAUGAUGAACCCAGACUUUAUCCGUAUGCAGAUGAACAUGCAGAGAAGCAUGGGUGGAGGUGGUCUCGGCGGUGCUGCGGCCUUCCCUGCUCCUGGCGCAACAGAUACCACAGAGUCAAACACAACAUCCGAGAACACACAGCAGAACCAGCAAGCACCACCGAAUCCUUUCGCCAUGUUCGGCGGCGCUCAGGGCGCAGGAAGCGGCGCAAACCCCUUUGCUGCUCUGUUUGGUGGCAACCCUGGAGCUGCUCAAGGUCAGACACCAUCUGGCACACCUCCCGUGCCCACCGCCGGUCAAGGAACCCCCGCACACGGCCAGACUCCUGGAUCCAACCCUCAAGCACAAGCCAAUCCCUUCGCUAGUCUCUUCGGUGGCAUGGGCGGUGCUCAAGGCGGUUCAGAUCCCAUCCAGCAGAUGGCUCAACAGAUGAUGCAGAACCCUGAGAUGAUGCGCUCGGCCAUGAACAUGAUGCAAGGUAUGCAAGGCGGUGCUGGUGCUGAUGCCGAAGGUGGUGCAGCCGCAAAUCCCUUCGGAGGCAUGAACCCAUUCGCUGCUAUGGGAGGCAUGGGUGGUAUGGGUGGCUUCGGCGCGCCGCAACAACAGCAAGACAGCCGCCCUCCAGAGGAGCAGUACGCCACUCAACUCCAACAACUCAACGCAAUGGGCUUUUACGAGUUUGAGCGCAACGUUCGUGCUUUGCGCAUGAGUGGUGGAAGUGUUGAAGGUGCUGUCGAGGUCCUGCUCAGUGGGUCAAUAUAG